AUGGCCUCCAACCCUUUUCACCUCGCCCUUCGGACUAGCUUGGGGAUCCUUCCCUCCGAUCUCCUAGUCGCGAUCCAGGUUACCAUCGACGACUUGGUCGAGUCAACGCCAAAAUCGUUCUCGAUCUACUGUCCGCUUCUCCUGCUGCCGAGCCACGCCUUUGCAUCCGACAAAUGGAUGCGGCUCUUUGAGAAGUUGGGAGGUGAGGGGAGAGACGGCCUGAUGGAGAGGCUUGCUGCGAACAUGAACGUGACACACAUAGCGCUGAACGCACCCAUAGCGCCGGUGCUGAAAGCGACGGAUCGCGAGGCCGCGAAUGUGCAGCGCAGACCCAACAUCGCGCCGCUGUUCGGUGACUUCGGUCCGUUCGUCGCAGAGGCGCCCACCACGCAGGAUCUGAGCUGCGCAUUAUGGGUUUCCACUCGCCAGAACGGCAUCACGCAGACGUGGGCCCCGCUGUACACCAUGUUCUCGCGAGGUAAUAUCACCGAGAAAGCCCGCCUGCUCGGCUUGCCGGCUGUGAAAGUCAGCGUCGAGGCACCUCAAGGGUGCACGGCCGUGGACAUGUACGCCGGGAUAGGGUACUUUGUUUUCUCGUACGUGAAAGCCGGCUGCGAGAAAGUCUUGGGGUUUGAGCUUAACGCCUGGAGUGUGGAAGGAUUGAGGCGAGGUGCCGGGGUGAAUAAAUGGUCGUGCAGGGUAGUCAGAGCGGACGAACUUGGUGCAGACCUUGACCUUGACUUUGCGGAUCGCGUCACCGUUUUCGAGAUGAGCAACGAGAUUGCCGCGAGCGUCGUUGCUCGGAACAGAGGCAAAUUGCCGCCCGUAAGACACGUAAAUCUUGGGCUGUUGCCCACGUCGAGAGGUGCAUAUGCCGGUGCGGUGCAGUGCCUCGAUCCUGAACUUGGAGGGUGGCUGCACGUGCACGAGAAUUUUGCUACCAAAGAGAUAGCUCUGAAAAGUGAGGACGUGCGGAAGCGGAUACAAGUGCUGGUCCGCGAGUCGAGGGGCAGCGAGUGGCGGGUAGAGCUCGAGCAUGUUGAACGAGUAAAGACCUACGCCCCGGGCGUGAUGCAUUGCGUUCUCGACAUAUGCGUGAUACCAACGGAGAGUAGAGAAACAACUGGUCACUAA